UGGGUUUGAGACAGGAGGUGAAGGAGGCGAGCAGGUGACGGCGGCCGGAGGGGAGAGAGGUAUGAGGGGACAGCUCAAGUCACUCUUCUCUCUGGUGAUAACUCUCCUGUGUUUGGGGAGCCUGCUGACCUCUGUCGUCUGGUACUUGCUCGACAACAAUGUGGACCAGCGCUUACCAGCCCCUCAGAAGAAAAGCGCCCCCAAGACCUCUGACCUCUGCAAAGGCUGCAAGAAUAUCAUCAAAAAAGUAAUGCAGGGUUACUCUCAAGCCUGGACGAAGCAGGAGGACAAAUGUAAAAAAUUCAGAUCUCAGCUGAACAGCAACUGCAAUGGUUUUGACAAAGCCAUCAUUACCCAGGCCAACACUCCGGUGGGAUCCAACCUCGUUUAUGACGGGGAAAAGAAGAGGAGCCUCCAGGUGUCUCCGGAGGUUUUCAGCACUUUUACAAAGGAGCAUCCUUUCUCAAAUAAAACAUGGGACACGUGUGCUGUUGUCGGGAACGGAGGAAUCCUGACUGACAGCAGCUGUGGAGAGAGAAUUGAUUCAGCUCAGUUUGUCAUGAGGUGCAACCUUCCUCCUUUGGGAAAUAGUUAUGAGAAGCAUGUCGGUGUCAAAACGGACCUCGUGACAGCGAACCCAAGCAUCCUCAUGGAGAAGUAUGGGUCUCUGAUGAAGCGUCGUCGUCCGUUUGUGGAAAGUCUGCAGAUUUACGGCAACUCCCUGCUACUCCUUCCCACCUUCUCCUAUCGCCAAAACACUGCUGUAUGUCUGCGGGCCACCUACAGUAUUGAGGACUUUGGAAGCCCCAUGAGGCCCGUCUACUUUAACCCUGAGUACCUCCAAAGACUGACUGCCUUCUGGCGCACACAAGGCUUGCGAUCAGUGCGGCUGAGCACCGGGUUAAUUAUGGCUAGCAUAGCUUUGGAGGUCUGCGAAAAUGUGCAUCUGUAUGGGUUCUGGCCCUUCAGUAGUCACCCCUAUGGACUCUACAACAUAAUGCACCACUACUAUGAUAACAGAGAAAGUAAAAAAAGAAUCCACUCCAUGCCAGCUGAGUUUGAGCUCUUGUUGCGGUUGCACAGUGAGGGGGUUCUCAAGCUUCAUCUGGGAGAUUGUCAACAAGGAAAAAAGUAAACUCAUGGACUACUGACGGAACAGAAGCAAAGUGCCUUCUUUGUACCAUCAGGGUAAAGCAAAUCACUCAUGUAGUCUUUCAUAAUAUUUUAAAUGAAUGGACACAAUGAUUGGCUGGUGAUGCCAAGUUGGCUGAACAGCAACUGAAACAUCUGGACUGAUGCAGAAAAUCCAAGACUGAAAAACGCUGGAUCUAAAACGGACUGCAUUUAUUACCACGUGUGUUUCAGCUCCAAAGGAACUCCUUUGUGAGGCCCAGGUCUACAGUGUAGUGCCUUAUAUUAACCUGUUAAUGCUGGAAAGUAAUAUAACCAACCACAGAAGCUUUUAAAGAGGUCAUAUUAGGCCCUUUUUGGGGUUCGUAUAUUUAAUCUAUGUAUCUACUAAAGUAUGUUCACAAUAGCUAAAGUUAUAAAAAAGUGUCUGUUUUCAUGAACUGUUGCUCCAUGCACCGGCUCGCUUCUGACUAUCUCUAAGGCUCUGAAGUGCCCACAUUCAGAGUCCCCACGUGUGCCAAGUCUGAUCUGAUUGGUCGGCCUGUCGGCUCUGCCUUAAUUGGUCAGUCGCUCAGCACGGUUCGGAAAUGUCCCGCCCCUUUUACCAUAUUGGGAAUGCAGCCACUUUGGCUCCGAAGGGAGCAAAAACAGUAGCACCUUAGCACUACUGUGCUACCGCAGGCUACGGCAUAUCGUGGGCGUGCUACAGAAGUUAAUGGGCCUACAACAUGAGCUGCUGGGCUUGCUACAACGAGCUAAUGGGCUUAGAUCAGUGAUCUCACACUGACAAUACGUCACACUGGCAAAUUUUUUUCGAGGGGGGCUAGAACCGAGCGUUACAUGCAGCUAAUGCUACAGCUAACAGGAGGACGUAGGAGAAGCCGCGUUUCCGCGGACUUUGAAGUUUUUGCACAUAGAUGUGCCUAAACAUACACAGGACACUUGGAAAACACACUAAAGAGCAUAUAAAACCAGAAAAAGCAUAAUAUGACCCCUUUAAAACAAACUGAAUGUAAUUUGAAGAAAAUCAAAUACCUCUCGUACAUGAAGAUUGUCUGACUUAAAAAGCAGCACACCGGAAUGUGAUGAAUCUUUUAAAUCAUCUAUUUCACCACUUCAACAUAUGUGUGUGUAUAUAUAUAUAUAUAUAUAUAUAUAUAUAUAUACAUAUAUAGGAAAACUGUUGAGGGUAAAUGUUUGGUCUUCACAUACUUCUUUCACAUGAUUGUUUAAAAGUAGCUGGUACUGAUUGUGAAAGAUAAGUUUCUGCACUCUGUUUCCGCUCUACAACACUGACGAGGCUUGAUUUUAAAAAGCAGCAGAUCUCAGAGGGCCUGGAGGGGUCGUGUCUCUGUAGCAUAUAAACCAUCAUGGGGGCAGACGCCAUAGAAAGAAACAGAAUAGUGACACUUAUACUGUAUAUAAAGGUUGCUAGGGUGAGCAAUGUUACAAUGUGUGCGCAUGUUGUGUCAUCAGAAACCAGGCAAAGAAAGGUGCUAUCUAAAAGAGUGUGAACUUCCACAUACUGGUACGAAGUAUUUUGAAAUAUGAAUGCUAAAUCAAUGCCUAACUGACUUUAAUGAUAGCGAUUGUCAUUUGUGCACUUUGGGUGAAAAGUAUAACUUUGGAUACGCUUUUUACAUCUGAAUCAAGACUUGUGUUAAUAUUUUGCAACCAUGUGUAUUUCCUUUCAUGAAAGUGUUGCCAGUGAUUUCUUUUUGAUUUUUUUUGUCAUCCAGAGAAAUAAUGUAAAAGCUGUAGAUGACCAAACUUGACGACUCUAUGAGCCAACUGUAGAAAAAAAAAAAAAAGCAUUGUCUCUGGUUUCUGUUUCCAUUUCGGUGAAUAACACGAGGCGUGAGGGAAUUUGAAUUGAGGAAUAAAUAUUUCUCAGAAAAACA